GGGCCCUCUGCGCAGGAACGAACACCCGCACCCCUUGAAGGACUCGAGGCUGGUGUGGGGAGGGCCCGCCUCGGGCGGGACCACGCCCAACAAGUUCUUUCAGGACUGGAUCCGGGCCCGCGGGAGGCACUCCAGCCGCCGCCCGCAUGAGCUGCUUGCCAUCAUUGAGGAGGGAAUGGUUCGGAUGCAGCGGAAACCGGGCUCCACGCUGCCCGCGACGCGGAAGGGAGGGCAGGUGUACCUCUACGGUGCCGUGCUGCACUGUGCGGAUCCCUCCCUCCGUCAGCGGCUGGAGAACGCUCGG